AUGAGCCAGGCACUGCGCAAGAGGCGCUCGCUUGGCACCUCUCGACCGGCGCACAGCUCAGCGCGCCCGCAGCCCAUCACCUCUGCGCAGCAACAUGCACGGCUGGAUCCGGACGAAGAGGCAGAGCGGGUGCAGAGGGAGCAGGAGCUACGACGGCGCAGGCAGAAGAGGAGGUUGGAUGAACUCGAGAGGGCAAACUACCGCGAUGCCCCCACUGCUCUCUCCCUUCCCUCGGACGACCUACCCCUCCCCAUUGCGACCACCUCAGACGUAACCGUAGGCACGAAGCCACCGAGCGGAGGCGUCGAUGCGACCUCGCGCAAACGGAUCAAUGCCGAAGUCAAGCGGAUCCUCUCGACGCGCAAGGGCUUCAACGCCAUGCUCGAAGAAGCCACCGCCACCACCGCUGCCGGGGAUGCGUCGUCGUCGGGGCCAAACUACCUUUCUGCUGCCGCCAGACCGUCGAGAUACCCGAGCCGACCGCUCUGCUCCAUCUGCGGAUACUGGGGCAGCGUCGCCUGCACCCGCUGCGGAGAGAGGUAUUGCAGUCGGUCCUGCGGUCAGACACACGAUGAGACGAGGUGCGAUCGACCCGUCCGGUGA